UUGUUUGGGCUUUCAAGUAAAAGAUCCCGGAGAUGCUGCCUUCGCCAGAGACAACAAACGGCGCUUCUGCUGUAUAACAAUUUCCACCACAGUCGAUCGUCAGGCAGCUGGUGUGAUAAUGAAUGCUGACGAAUGCAAUGGCCGUUCUUACAUGUCAGGCAGUGGAGAUUCUUCAACGGAACGGGAGUUUUUUGCAGGGCUGAGAAGACCUACUGUGAGCACACCAAACAGUCAACAGUCCUCUCCAAGCCGCUCACUUAGUGCUAACUCCAUCAAGGUGGAGCUCUCUAGUGACGAGGAAGCAGGUGGUGCUCUGCUGGCAGAAAGAAGAGCCGGGGAGAAGGAUGAAGUAUGGAAGGAUGAAAAGGGGGACAUGGCAGAAGAUGGGGGAGUGGAGAUGGUCGGAAGCACACGAGGGCAGACUGGGAACGGCUGUGGGGACAUGGCCAGUCCUGAGCCCACAUCCCCUGGUCCCAUUCGGCUGCCCAAUGGGAAGCUUAAAUGUGAUAUAUGUGGGAUGAUCUGUAUUGGACCUAACGUUCUGAUGGUGCACAAACGCAGCCAUACAGUCUUGGUCUCGGUAGGUGAGCGGCCAUUCCAAUGUAACCAGUGUGGGGCCUCCUUCACUCAGAAGGGCAACUUGCUGCGUCACAUCAAGCUCCACUCUGGUGAGAAGCCCUUCAAAUGUCCCUUUUGUAACUACGCCUGUCGUCGCCGAGACGCCUUGACAGGACACCUCCGCACCCACUCUGUGUCCUCCCCUACAGUUGGGAAGCCCUACAAGUGCAGUUACUGUGGCCGCAGUUACAAGCAGCAGAGCACCCUGGAGGAGCACAGAGAGCGCUGCCACAGCUACCUACAGAGUCGGGACAGCCAGCCUGCUCACAACACCCAAUCUGCACGCGGUGAAGAGGUUCAGAACAUGGAGAUGAUGUCUGAACCCUUUAUCCAGUCCUCCUCAGAGAAGAUGACCUUCAUUGAUCGACUGGCCAAUAGCAUCACCAAGCGGAAAAGAUCAACACCCCAGAAGUUCUUGGGUGAAAAGCACAUGCGGCUGAAUAUAUCCGAAGCACCUUAUGAAUUCGAUCCCAAUCCUGAUAAAGAAGGGGACGUGUUGGUCUCACACACCGAGGCUGAUCCAUCUUCUUUAGGGCGUUUCCUCCGGGGGCCAAGAGGAGGCAGCAAUGAUGUGGAUCCUUCCCGCUCCCUGCAGAUGCUUCCCCACUCUGCCUGCCUACCAGAUUUUACCCCAGUAUUCAGCUCUGUCUACCCCCAUAUAACUCCUCUAGGGCAGCGGCUAAACUGUGCAGAGGGCAUCUCAAUAGGCCUGGCUGGGAGGGAGGCUGGAGAGGGUCAUGACGACGCGCCCUCCAGUCGCAGUCGCGCUGCCUCGCCGAGCAAUGGUUACCAAGAUUCUACAGACACUGAGAGCAUGGUGGAGGAGCAGUGCAUCAUUGCCUCAGUGCCACCUGGAAACUUAAACCACAACAGCAGGCGUGAGCGGCACAGUCCUAGACAUGCCAAAGAAAUGGACAUUGAGAGGGACAGGGAAAAAGGAGUCCAUGGGGGUUUACCAGGGCUGCCCACCAAGGCUGGCCCGCGCUCACCGCCAGCCAGGGAAGCCAGGCAGGUGGUGGACGGGGAAGGGCGGCCAGUGCGCUCCUUCCGCUGCGAGCACUGUCGCAUUUUCUUCCUGGACCAUGUCAUGUUCACUAUCCACAUGGGCUGCCAUGGCUUCCGCCAACCCUUCGAGUGCAACAUCUGCGGCCAUCGCAGUCAGGACCGCUAUGAGUUCUCCUCGCACAUUAUCCGCGGGGAGCAUCAGGUGGGCUGAGGAGGGUUUGUGGUUGCUGCAAUUUGAGAUUUUGGGAGAGUUGUACAGAGAGUUGUAUGCUGCUUUGAGAUGGUGUCAUGGCAUCUUGUUUGGUCUGUAUCAGAUUGGGGGCAUGGCAUUUUAGCACUUGCUUUUAGUUAGGGGACAUCAGCUUUUAUUGUUGAAGAGCAAUCGCAUGGGUACAACUGUAAAAAACUAUGCGAUCACAUCCUGUGUUUAGAGGAUGUCAAGAGAAUCGGAGUGGGGGACUUAUCCUCUGAUUGCACUCCCACAUCAAGUCAUUCAUUGCAAGAUGCAGCUGUUUUGCUUUAGAAGUGCCUUCCUUCCAUGGGGUUUAUUUUUUUAUCAGUUAGUUCGGAAGAUACAUUUUAUGCUCUUUAUGCUGGUAUGAGAUUAGAUUUCUAGUACUCUAAUCUGAUCAGUAGCGUUUACAUAGAGUCUGCCUCUUCAAGAAAGAAAGACAUUAAGUGAAUUACUUAGAAGUCCAAAGUCUUGUAGACUGUUUUAACUAGAAUGGUUUCUGAGCCUGUUAAACAAGAGAAAUCUAUGCCUAGGAGUAUUCACACAACCUUUGUGCUCUUUUAGGAUACCUCGGUGGGACUGUUGAAAUUAGGCGACUCAGGGAGGACACUGCUGACAGAGAGAGGGAAUCGAGAGCAAGCAACAUGAAUUGCUAAAUUCUUUUAAGGCUGGAGGCAAGGGAGCAUUGGUAUGUUAGCCAUACAAGGAGCACAGACACAUAUUGCCUUAAUAGUUGCUUUAUAUGAACCCUGUAUGAGCUAGUUUGAAUUGCACAUGGUUUUAAAUGCUGGAAGAUUCAGUAGGCACAAUGCAGACAUUUGCAUAUUGCCUGAAUUUGGGAAACUUUCAAAUGGAGACGACAUGGCACUCUUAGGUCAAUUAAGAUUGGGGAUCAGACUAAGGCUUUUAUCAUUUUAGUUCUUUCUAAAAAUUAUGUUAAUGUUUUAUUUAAGUAACAAAAUGAACUUGAAGCAGUUUGCCUUAGUUUUUGAGCCUACAACCUAUGUCCUAAUAAAAGUCAAACCAGUUGGUUUCCUUGUGCCUCAGAUUUUGAUUGUUUCAAGAUUUACCUAGACAGACCUCACUUUAUAAGGAGUUGCAUUAAAAGAUUUUGCAUAUCUAAUCUAUUGAGGUAUUUUUUAAUAUUUGUUUGUAGUAUGAAGUCCCCCCCAUCCCCCAUCCAUCCUCUCCCAUUGAAGCCAGGCCAUCAUUCUAUACAUAAGUCAAAGUUAGUUAAUUCUAAUUAAGGAUACAGUAGGCCACAUUAUAUUUACAUCUUUUCUUUUUUAUGUUUAACACAGUAAAAGCAGAGGGUGAUAAGGAGCCUUAAUUACUCUGGUGCAGACCAAACACAGACCCAUGUUGCAUUCUGUGACUUUGAUGUGUGAGGCAGAUGGUUUGUUACCUUAAAGGAGGAUUGCACUUUUUCUAAUUCUACUUAAAUGUGAGUGUUUUGCUUGGGGUUUUGGGAGGGUUUCGGACAGGUGCUGAGAUACAGGUGGGAGGGGAAUUUUAUAACAAGGCUUUAGGGGAGCAGACUGUAAUGACUAGUAACUGAGCUUUGAAACAUAUUCUUUUGUUUUCUCAGAUUGCUCAAUUGCACUGAUUUCUGAUUAAAUAAAUUCUAUUUAAAGAAAAAAACUAGAAACAAUUUGAUACAUGAACACAUUGGUUAUAAAGACCAGAUGAGCAGUGUGGUGUUUUUAAAAAUCCUAUAAAGGCUAUUUUCCUAAUAAAAGGGGUCUCAGUCAUUGAAGGAUUCAGAACUGAAAGAUUUCUCCUUGUGUUGUAAAAUUUGGUGCUUGGAUGUUUGUGUGACUUCUGCCCUUGAUAUUGGACUUGUAUCCUGUACGCUUGUCCUGUGUGAUCAUGUCCCAUUUGAAUUCAUGCAUAAGGUAUGCUCAAUCCCCACUUGAAUAUGAACUGCUGCUUGAUUUGAAGGAAGGGACUGAUUUUUUUGUAUGUACAGUCCUGCCAAGAUAUUGUGGCCUGUUUUAUCGGUGGAUCUCACUUGCACAAACUGAGACAAUUCUGAUACAACUAAAGCACCAAUGAAUGCAUUUUUAAGAAUCUCAGAGAUUUGUUUUGUUUGCUUGCUUGUACAUUUCUCACCGUUUAUGUAAUAUGGACUGUGGUUAAGGGUACUUGGAUGAUGAAGGUGGUCAGCCGUUUCCAGAACUUGCUUGCGUGUAAUUAAUUAACUUACCUGGUUCUACUUCUAUCGGCUGCUUGUGAAAUACUAGCUGCAAUUUUCCCUGUUUCCUUUAAACCAAACCCAGCUCCUUUUUCUGCACAAUUUAAUAAUUCUUAUCCCAAGGUGUGAUGAAUUAAAACUUUUUAAAAGAACUGUGAAGCAACCUUAACAAGCAGCAACUGAGAAAGAGAGACCUGGCAUUUUGGGGGAGGCAGGGAACAAACUCUGUCAUACUUGGGCUUUAUCCCUGGGUUCAACGUUUUUUAUAUAUUUUGUGAGAAAAAAAAUGUAUAUGACAAAGAAAAACUCUUUACCUCAAAUUUGUUAAAAUAUAAAAACUGCCUCAUGUUCUAUAAAAAUGUGUGUUGGUUUCAAGAGGUAUUGUUUAUUUGAUCUUGUCUUUAAGGAGUGUAAUCCAACUUUAAGUUGAAGUAAUUUUUCAUGUCCAAUAAAGUAAUAUUUGUUGUAA